CACCUACGAUUUCUGUGUAGAACCACGUCGCUGGGAUACCCAAUGAUCAAUCUCCACAGCCGAUGAGGCUCGAAGGCUAAUUAAACAAAGCAAAUGUCGCGAUGACCGGCCAAAAUAAAGGCUCCUCCAAUGCAGGAAAAGCCAAAGCCAGCAAACAAUCUCGGAGCAAGCGACAGCCAAGCAAAGUCCAAACCAGUUCGCCAGCCAAAGACACCAAUGAUCAGAACCAGUUGGCAUCACAUGUGGACAGAAAGCACCAGCAACGUGUGUUGCAUGUUUUCCGUCACACCUUUCAUGAGGUCCUAUCCUCGUCCAGUUUCACCGCAAAACUUCAAAACGUGAAACAGGCACUCUUCGACAGAGACUUUGCCAAGGCAUUCGGUGACCCGGACUCUCUGGCAGUCUACGCCGCGAGAUGGAGCCCAACACGAGCCUUGUGCUAUGCCGCCGUCUUCAAUGGGAUAAGGGAGCAGCUGGACCUCAUCUCAUCACACUUUCAGGCCGACGACGGCAAGCAAGGUGACCGAGACAGUGUGAACUCAGUAAACUGUCCGCAGCUUGAGCGUCGUAUCAAACUCCUCUCUAUCGGCGGUGGCGCCGCUGAAGUAGUUGCCUUUGGUGCGUUCCUCAACCAGUAUCCCUCUCUAUCAGGUUCCAUAACCCUCCUCGACUCAGGCCCCUGGGCCACCGUUGUCUCUCAGCUCACCACAAGCCUCACAACGCCUCCGCCUCUAUCCAACUUUGCCAGCGAAGCCGCCAAGGCCUCCAACUCCCCCAUGGUCCCUGCAUCGCGUUUCACCUCAACAUUCGUUCAGCAGGACGCCUUGGCACUGGGAAGCGAGCGCCUUUCUACACUCGUGGGGAGCCAACCCCUGCUCGUUACGGUACUGUUCACCCUCAAUGAGCUUUUCACAGCGAGCGGCAUCGGUAAGACGACCGCCUUCCUGUUGGACCUGACCUCUACUAUCCCCAUCGGAUCGCUACUCCUCGUUGUGGACAGCCCGGGUAGCUACUCCGAGACUAGCGUGGGGAAGGAAGAGAAGAGAUACCCGAUGCAAUGGCUUCUAGACCGGAUCAUGCUCGGAACGCAACGCGAGCCGGUCAACGGGCGGCGAUGGGCGAAGCUCGAAUCGCAAGAUUCGGUGUGGUUCCGAUUGGCCGGAACAGAAGCGCUCGACUACCCGAUUCCGCUCGAAAACAUGCGCUAUCAAUUGCGCCUCUACAAAGCUGAGGAUGCGAGUCUGGACGGAGAAGAUUAGGUGUCUAUGCCCUCAACGUCUAUUCGGGUGAAUGACUCUUGCAAAGCAUCUACCAUCCGUCGGCUGGCCUACACAGAGCUUCACGCCCACACCAGCCUCUUGAUUGAGUGCCCAAGUUGCUCCAAAAGGGUCGUGUUGCGCUUUGCCUCAGCCAGCGAGAUAAUCUCGCCCUCCUCGAUCAGCUUUGCCUCCUCUUGGCUUUUGCCCGCCAGCCGAGGCUGGUUGUGGAUUGCCAUCCUCUCAAUCUCUGUUGCAAUAAGUGCCACUUGCUGCAUCUCCGUCAGGCGGGUGAUGGUGCUCGGUUCGUCCUUGUUCUUAG